CUGCGCGGCCGCUAGUGUGUGCAUCAUGGUGACGGGCGGACGCGGCACUGUGGUGGCAAUGGCGGCUUGGUCCACCUUAAACGCUGCGGGUGUGACUCUGUUCCUCUUGUUGGUCCUUCUUCGCGUCUCACAGGCUCAGACCUUCUUCUUCCCUUUCCGGCAGCCGGAGACGUGCGGCCACAACCAGUACUUCGAUAUCUCCGCGCUCUCCUGUGUCGCGUGUGGACCCAAUCAGAGGCAGGAUGCUCGAGGAACUGUAUGUGUGUGUCUACCAGGAUUUCAGAUGAUCUCUAAUAAUGGAGGACCUGAUAUUACUUGUAAAAAGUGCCCAGAAAACAUGAAAGGUGUUACUGGAGAUGGCUGGAACUGUAUUUCUUGCCCUGGUGGUUUAACUGCAGAAGGAAAAUGCCACUGUCCCACUGGCCAUAUUUUAGUGGAAAGAGAUGUUAAUGGAACGUUGUUGUCUCAAGCAACUUGUAAGCUCUGUGAGGAAAGUGAAAACUCUUUUACAAUAGCAAAUGCUUUAGGAAACAGGUGUGUCCAAUGUGAACCAACAUUCAUUAAUACCAGCAGGUCCUGUGUGUGUUCAGAACCUAACAUUUUAACAGGGGGAUUAUGCUUCAGCAGCACAGGGAAUUUCCCUCCACGUAUGAUUUCAGCUGCACGUUAUGGAGAUCUUGGCAUGUCUUUCACUUCAGAAUGGUUUGCAGAGUAUUUGCAAUCAUCAGCAGCUGCUUGUUGGGUGUAUGCCAAUCUAACAUCUUGCCAAGCUCUUGGAAAUAUGUGUGUGAUGAAUAUGAAUUCUUAUGACUCUACCACUUUUGAUGCAUGUCGACUGUUUCAGUUUAUCUUUGAAAAUACUGCUGGACUGGGCACUGUUCAUUCUGUUUCAUUUUGGAGACAGAAUCUUCCAUGGCUGUUCUAUGGAGACCAGCUAGGAUUAGCACCUCAAGUACUCAGUACUACACCUCUUCCUACAAAUUUCAGUUUUAAAGGGGAAAACCAGAAUACAAAACUGAAGUUUGUUGCUGCUUCUUAUGAUGUAAGAGGAAAUUUUCUCAAGUGGCAAACUUUAGAAGGAGGUGUUUUACAGCUUUGUCCAGACACAGAGACAAGACUAAAUGCUGCUUAUUCCUUUGGAACAACCUAUCAACAGAAUUGUGAGAUUCCUAUCUCUAAGAUCUUAACUGACUUCCCCAUGCCUACAUUUUAUGAUGUGUACCUUGAAUAUACUGAUGAAAAUCAACACCAAUAUAUUUGGGCUGUGCCUGUGUUAAACUUAAAUCUUCAGCACAAUAAAAUAUUUGUGAACCAAGACAGUAGCUCUGGCAAGUGGCUUCUGACUCGGCGCAUGUUCUUAGUGGAUGCACUAAGUGGAAGAGAAAACGACUUAGGAAGUCAGCCAAGAUUAAUUCGAGUCGCUACCCAAAUAUCACUGAGUAUCCGCCUUGUACCCAACACAAAAAAUGGAAAUAUCUACCCUCCCUUAAUUACCAUUGCCUACAGUGACAUUGAUAUCAAAGAUCCCAACAGCAAGUCUGUGAAGGUUUCUUUCUCGGUCACAUAUGAAAUGGAUCAAGGAGAAGCACAUGUCCAGACAGAUAUUGCUUUGGGUGUGUUGGGUGGACUAGCUGUUUUAUUGUCUCUUUUGAAGACAGCAGGUUGGAAGAGACGCAUUGGGAGUCCCAUGAUCGAUUUACAGACAGUUAUGAAAUUCUUGGUUUACUAUGCUGGUGACCUGGCCAAUGUUUUCUUUAUCAUCACUGUGGGAACAGGUCUUUACUGGCUUAUUUUCUUCAAAGCACAGAAGUCUGUCUCUGUUUUGCUACCAAUGCCGGCUCAGGAAGAACGUUUUGUUACUUAUGUGGGAUGUGCUUUUGCUCUGAAGGCUCUGCAAUUUUUGCAUAAGUUCAUCUCCCAGAUUACCGUAGACAUAUUCUUUAUUGAUUGGGAGCGACCUAAAGGAAAGGUUCUUAAAGCUGUUGAAGGUGAGGGUGGUGUUCGGAGUGCUACCGUUCCCGUAAGCAUAUGGAGAACAUAUUUUGUGGCAAAUGAAUGGAAUGAAAUUCAGACUGUGAGAAAAAUUAACCCACUCUUUCAAGUACUUACUGUCCUCUUCCUUUUGGAGGUUGUGGGAUUCAAGAACUUAGCAUUAAUGGACUCAUCUUCUAGUCUUUCCAGAAGCCCACCUAGCUAUAUAGCUCCUUAUAGCCGCAUUUUGAGAUAUGCGGUGUCUACUGCUCUUUGGCUAGUCAUUGGAAUUAUACAGAAGAGCAGAGGUCGGCAACGCAGGGCCAUCAGGGUGGCUGCUGUCAGGCCCAGAUACCUGUUGUUCUGCUCUGCCCCUCAGGACUUCACCUCUAAGGUCACCUCGCAGUCCGUAAUGGCUGAUGGAGCUGCAGGGAUUGUGUUCUUUGCUGUCUUUUAUGAGAGAUUUGUAGAAGAUAAAAUUCGACAGUUUGUUGACUUGUGCUGUAUGAGCAACAUAUCAGUGUUUCUGUUAUCCCACAGAUGUUUUGGUUAUUACAUUCAUGGUAGAUCAGUACAUGGGCAUGCCGAUACUAAUAUGGAAGAAAUGAAUAUGAAUCUUAAAAGAGAAGCGGAAAAUUUGUGUAGCCAAAGAGGUUUGAUACCCAAUACAGAUGGUCAAACUUUUCAAAUUGCUAUUUCUACCCAGAUGAGACAACAGUAUGACAGAAUUCAUGAGACACUAACAAGGAAAAAUGGCCCUGCUAGACUAUUGAGUUCAUCAGGAAGUACUUUUGAGCAGAGUAUAAAAGCAUAUCAUACUAUGAAUAAAUUUCUUGGCUCUUUCAUCGAUCAUGUUCAUAAGGAAAUGGACUACUUUAUAAAAGAUAAAUUGCUUCUUGAAAGAAUUCUUGGAAUGGAAUUCAUGGAACCAAUGGAAAAAAGCAUCUUUUACAAUGAUGAAAGUUAUUCUUUCAGCAGUGUUCUGUAUUAUGGAAAUGAAGCCACUCUGCUUAUUUAUGAUCUGAUGUUCUUCUGUGUUGUGGAUUUGGCUUGCCAAGAUUUUAUUUUAGCAUCCUUCCUUACGUACCUACAGCAAGAGAUUUUUAGAUUUAUUCGUAAUACAGUAGGACAGAAGAAUUUGGCAUCCAAAACAUUGGUGGAUCAAAGAUUUCUGAUUUAAUUUAUUGAAUAGAUAAAGACAAUUAUAAUCAUGGCAAAAAAAAGUCAUGAUUAUCAGGUUAGUUUGCCGUAUUUUUUAAAACUUGUAAUACAAAUUAUUCUAUUUUUAUUUGUUUUUUAAUCUACAGAAAGAUUUAUUUUUAUAACUUGUAGAUAUACAACUUGCUUUGUGAACAUGUAGUGUGAUACAAUGGAAAAUAUUAUUUUCCUAUUAUGCAUGAUAUUUAAUUCACCAGCUCAUAGACUAGAUAGCUCUGACAAUGGGACAAAAAAAAAAAAUCUAAAUGUUGCUUUCAGCAUAACAUUUUUUUAAUGAUAUUCAAAACAGUCCCCAUCAUUUGUCUCUGUAGAUUAUUUUAUGAACUAGAUUUGCCUACAUUUUCUCACAUUGAAAAAGAAUUUUGAUUCCAAGUUCAAGCCUAGUUUUCAAUUCAAUAUUUUGUUUUACAUAUUUUAUGGUUAAAUAAAUGUUGAAAAUACUUUCAAGUUUACUUAGAAAUUUGAAAUUGUAUAUGGGCUGAAUCAAUUUGCCUCAUUUUAAUUGUUCACCCUGUUUGGCAGUGGACUGAUUCACUAUUGGAUUAAUAGGCACCUCGUGAAAUGGUACGUAGUCAUUCCUUUGUAUACCUGUAUUAUUAGGUCAAUAUACUCUUUCCAUGAAGUAUGUUUAUAUCUCUAAUAUCAUUUACAUUAUUGAGCUGUAAUAUAGGUUUUUUAUACAUUUAUACAUUACUUAACAUUGUAAGAGCACUCCCAAAGCUUUGCUCUUCAAUUAUGUUUAAAGAUUGUAAAUAACAAACUGUAAGUUACGUUAACAAGGUGAUUUAUUGAAAGUAAGCUUAGGCUUCAUAAGUUAGUAGGCUAGUAUUUUUUUUUUUAAAUAAGGAAAAAAAUAUGAGGAGCCAAAAUAUAAUUAAUGUAAAUCCUGAGCCAUGUAGCUAAUAAUUUUCCAUGAUAUUAUUUUUCUUCAUAUGCUCUUUAAUAAUCCUUUUCAUUGUAUACCAUGAACUUGAAAGUCACCUUAUUUCAAGUAUAAUGGUCAUUAACCCCCAAAGCAACAUUUCUUACUGCCUUCUAUGUUAAUGCUGUGUAAAUACUUAAAUGUAAUACUAUGUAAAUAUUGUUUAUAUUACUGAAUUGAAA